UGAUUGGCCAACGCGGCGAGAACAGGCUCGGCGAUCUGUGUCAGAAGGUCCGGCCACCGUGAAGCCAUGGCGUCCUAUUUUGACGAGCACAACUGCGAACCGUUGAACUCCGAGCGUGAGGUCCGAACUAACAUGCUGCUGGAGCUCGCAAGGUCACUCUUCAAUAGGAUGGACUUCGAACACUUGGGAUUGGUAGUAGAUUGGGAUCACCACCUGCCCCCACCAGCUGCCAAGGCUGUGGUGAACAACCUUCCCAGGACAGUCAUCAGCAGCUCUCAGGCUGAGCUCAAGUGCCCAGUGUGUCUUGUGGAAUUUGAAGAGGAGGAGACUGCCAUUGAGUUGCCUUGCCAUCACCUCUUCCAUUCCAGCUGCAUUCUGCCCUGGCUAAGCAAGACAAAUUCCUGUCCCCUGUGCCGCCACGAGCUGCCCACUGAUGAUGACACUUAUGAGCAGCACAGACAAGAUAAGGCUCGGAAGCAGCAGCAGCAGCACCGCCUGGAGAGCCUCCAUGGGGCCAUGUACACGUGAGACGGCUAGGGCUGAGUGCUAACCUGCUGCAGCCUCACCUUCCUCAUGCACCUCAAAUCCUCAUUAAACGUUUCUUUACCCA